UUGCGGGCUCUUUUGUGAACACAUGCGAUUCCAACUGUCUUUGUACAAAUCAGAAUCACACGGUAAAUUCCAUCGAAAAUGUCGCCCAGAACCCUGUAGACUUAGCUUAAAUGGCUGACAAAGAAGAAGAUCGCAAGCGAGCGAGCUCGGAGAGCAAAGAAGAAACAGUCCCGAAAAAGGUCUGUUUGGAAGAAUCUGAACUCAAGGAAGCUACCAAAGAGCUUUUAACUGAUAAAUGGAAAGAACAGUUGAACUACAUUGCUUUCUUGGAAAGUCAAAUUGGAAAUGGCUCUAACUCAAACACCGAGCUUGUUGGCCUGCGUGAAUCUGAAGAAAAACUGAAACAACAACAGCAAGAAUCAACUCGAAGGGAAAACGUACUGGUUAUGCGACUUGCCACCAAGGAGCAUGAAGUUCAAGACUUAUUGACCCAGAUACAUGACCUCAAGCAAGCGCAAAAUCCCAGCACUGUCCAGAUGCGCUCAACCCUUCUAGAUCCUGCAGUCAACCUGCUUUUCCAGAGAAUGAAAACUGAGCUGGACGAGGCAAAAGUGAAGUUGGAGCAGGCGCAGAAUGACUUGAGCGCCUGGAAAUUCACACCCGAUAGCGUGACGGGAAAAAAGUUGAUGGCCAAGUGUCGGAUGUUGAUUCAAGAGAACCAGGAGCUUGGCCGUCAGCUUUCGCAGGGUCGCAUUGCUCAGUUGGAAGCAGAGCUAGCAUUACAAAAGAAGUAUAGUGACGAGUUAAAGAGCAGCCAAGACGAACUGAAUGACUUUGUGAUCCAACUGGAUGAGGAAGUAGAGGGAAUGCAGUCGACAAUCAUGACCUUACAACAGCAAAUAAAGGACAUCAAGCAGCGCCUAGCUACAGAGACUACCACCUCCCAGGAGCUAAGGACAAAAUGCCACCAAGUGGAGAAAUGCUUAUCAGAAGCUAAGGAACAAAAUGCGACCUUGGCUUUAUCAUUACAGCAGCGGUUAGAAUCUAAAGACACCAAGGAUGAUGAACCCAUGGAAAUAGAACCCCCUAAUGACACCAAACCCGAUAGAACUACUGAACAGACCCAACCCUCCCCUCCCCCACCAGAAACUGUCACUACUGCACCCCCCUUGCAUAAGACCUCUGCCUUUUCUAUCAGUAAUAUAUUAUCGGACUCUAUAGUUAGCAAAGAAAUGACUGUGCCGAUUAAACUAGAGAAUGGUGAUCAGGGGGAGUUGACUGUUUCAAGCACCCCUCCCCCUUUAGAACCUAGUGAUUCUCAGACUGUUACCUCCAAAGGGUUCCCGGAAGCCAUAGGAGCUGAGGUCGCAGCAUAUAAUGUAGAGACAGUAAAGUGACUGGCAUUUUCCGUAGACAUACAAUGUUAGCCGCGUGA